AUAGUGGUCUACAUUAGUAAUCGUGCCGCAAAAUGAUGAAUCAAAUGGGAAUGCACAUGCAACAGGGAGGAGUGGUGCCUGGAGGACCCGGCGGACCGGUUGGAAUUCCCGGUGGACCGGUCGGAGGAGUUGGUGUUUCUCCGGUAAUGAUGCAGUCUCCCCAGAUGCAACAGCAGCAAGUAGCAGCGCAACAACAGCAGCAGCAGCAGCAGCAACAACAACAGCAGCAAGCUCAUCAACAACAGGCCCAGCAAACCGAAAAAUUGGAGAACAUAUCGAAGGUGAAGGGUUUGGUUGGUCCGCUGAGAGAUUCCCUUUCUACGACUAUUAAAACGGCAGCUCAGCUGCUGCAGCAAAACAACUUGAAUGAUGCGGGCACGAAAGGUGGUGAUUUGAAUACUUCAACUCCCCGUUUUGAUAAACAUCUGGAAGAAUUCUACUCAAUCUGUGACCAGAUUGAGUUGAACCUGAAAACCGCUAAACUGUGCAUGCAACAAGGAACAUCUUCACAGCAGUACUUUCCCAUCCCGGUAGCACCAACUCAACCCAACCCGGCAGAAACCAAUGCGCUAUCCUACAAUCAGUAUUUGGAUGUGGUAAAGAUUCAGAUCGGCUAUGCCAAAGACAUACACGAUACCCUCAUCUGUGCGGCUCAAAACAUCUGCCCUAGCGAAUGAUAGAAACCAACGAUCGGUUGCGACAUGUCGGAUUAAAAUGAAAGGUUUGGUUAGGUCGUCCA